AAAUUAUGUUUCCGAUCAGUCAUUAAGAAGCAGUGGUCGGAUACACAAGCUUAACGCGCUGUUUUUUUUAAUCUAUAUUUUAACUUUAAAGAACUGUUUUUUUUAAAUAAAUUUAAACUAUUUGUCGGUUUUCCGAAUUUUAAAAUAAAAUUGAAUACAAAUAAAAAAGAAAAAUGCGGUUAUUUCUAAUAGUGCUUGUCACAUAUAACUUGAUGAUAGAGAAAUCGGAUGGGGAGAUAAUCGGAUGUGAUUUUGUUGACACUGUAAACAUAACCGAAUCUACAAAACUCUCAAACGGGUCAUAUAUCUAUGAGGAUUUACUCAUUCCCGACGAUUUGACUGGGGAAUAUGAUUUCAUUCUUAUGGCAAACGGAUUGAAAGAGAAAGUAGAUAGCCACAUUAGAGGAUGUGUCUGCAAACUAAAAACAUGCAUCAGGUUUUGCUGCCCCCAUGACAACAUAAUGUAUAAAAAUGUUUGUUAUGAUAACAUGUCUAAAAAUGAGAUGAAAAUUCUUGACCCCUUCGUAAACAUAACCCUUAACAACGGAUCCGUGACAAAGAUGCACUUUAAAAAUGAUCUAAUAGUGCAAUGGGGUUUUCCAAUGGCCUGUAACAAAACUUUUUUCCUUGACGUCGGGUAUAACGAUCAACAGUACACAAUUUUUGAGAAUGGAACGUUUCAACGCCACUUCGAUGGCAAGGUAUUUAACAAGCACAACUACUGCUUCCAGCAUCAAACAUUCAAUGUCGAUGGUGCUCAAACUAUCCGAAUGGCACCCUUUAACUGCGAAAUAGAACCCGAUAAUAUAACCGGAAGGACCGUCGUUUUGAUCAUAUCGAUGACAUCUUUGGCUCUCACGACCACAAUAUACCUCGUUAUCAAGAAAUUGAGAAUCUUGAUCGGCAAAUGCUUGAUCUGUUACAUGAUCAGCCUUUUCUUCGGCUUCCUUUUCUAUCUACUUCAGCUGUGGGACUUAUCAGAAGCUUUCUGCACUUUAGCAGCUUACAUGGGCUACUUUUUCGUAAUAGCCGCGUUCUUUUGGCUCUCUGUCAUCAGUCAAUAUCUCUGCAAAAAUAUGACCAAUAGCUUUAAAUCCAUAAAAUGCUUCAGUUCAGAACGUCCGUUUAUCGGCUACAGCUGCUACGCCUGGGGAAUUCCGAUGGCAAUGACGGGAAUCGUCUAUCUUGCUGAUAAGGUCGUAGAAAACCAGGAAAUUAAGCCUAAUAUGGGCGAACAAUGUUGGAUCUCCACUGAAAAAUGGUCGGCCAUGAUCUACUUCUUCGGGCCAAUGUUAAUUCUGAUUGUUCUCAACACAAUCAUGUUUGUAACGACAGCUUUUUACAUAUUCAGUUCGAAGUCAUAUAUCAGGAAUACCGCCAUGAAGGAUGGCAGAGAUCUAAAACUCAAAUCGGACAAACGGAAUUACACAGUCUUUCUUAUGCUCUUCAUUGCCAUGGGAGUGUCGUGGAUUUUUGAAAUAAUAUCCUACACGGUGCAAGACAAAGAAACUUGGGCACGAGUGUUUCUGGUAGCUGACUACGUUAAUUGGUCCCAGGGCAUCUUCAUAUUUGUGCUGUUUAUCCUAAAGCCAUCAACGCUAAAACUCAUAAAGAACGAAAUCUUUCCGAACAACGCAUGGAGGUCUAGUAUGAGAUCAAGAGCAACUCAAAAUUCCAUUGUCGGAUGCGGCAAUAAGCGCCCAACCCAAAGAACAACUUCUCAGGACUCAUCUUGUUUGUAGUGAAGUACAAAAAAUUAAUGUUUUUUAUAUGACUUGUUAGUCAAACAGAAGUACAAAAAGUAAUGAUUCAUGAAAAUUCCAGUAGUCUAAUCAGUUCUGAAAACACAAAAGCAAGUCGUAUCAUUCUUUUUUUAUAAUUUCCUGUACCAUUUCCAAAGUUUAAAAAAAAUGUAUUUUCAGUAGUGAUAACUCAGAAAUACAUCACUCAAAAAUUAAAUCUUUAGUUAAAUACUCAGAAUCUUCAGAGAAAAUGUCGAGUAAUAAUUAUGGGAGUUUUACAUUCGUUAUCAUCAAAAUAUUUUCCGCUUCAGUGCAGUAAAUAUCAUUUAGGACUCCGGUCCAUGAAUCAGAAAACUUGUGUUACGAUAAAUAAAUCUAGAUAGUUGUACA